UAAAAAUAGGUUUCCGAUUCUUUGCAGCUGCAGCUUAGACCAGUCUGUCUGUGUGUAACUUUAGUGAGGUAGUGGAGUAGUUGCAGAAAGUGAGCAUCUGGUCUAAGUUCACACCUGAGAGGGUGAUUGAACACUUUUGUUUACACACCUCGACACCCUGUCAGUCUUGUUGCCUGAAUUGCUGCUUUCAGUUUCCAGAGCAACUGGAGAAAACAUGAAUGAAUGGCUGCUUCUGCAGUUAAUGUAGGGGACGAUCUCCAGGCUCAAAUCGACGAGAUUGAAGCACUUUCCUCAAUAUAUGGAGACGACUGGUGUGUUAUUGAUGAAGCCUCGAGAAUUUUCUGUAUAAAAAUCUCAGAUAAUCAAGAACACCCAAAAUGGACACUAUGCUUGCAGGUUGUUCUUCCUCCAGAGUAUCCAACUGCUGCACCUCCUAUGUAUCAGCUGAACGCUCCUUGGCUCAGAGGACCUGAGAGAAUGGAGCUUUCGAACAGCCUAGAAGAACUAUAUGCAGAGAACCUUGGGGAGAGCAUCCUUUAUCUGUGGGUGGAGAGAAUCAGGGAAUUCCUUGUGGAAAAAUCACAUUCUGCUGACUCAGCAGAUGGCCUUCCACUGACAAAGACGACAGAGGAGGUGGAUGAUGACCUUGAGGAUGAGUUCAUUCGGGAAUAUAACUUACUGAAGCUGAGCUCAGAGCAGAACUCUGUGCAAAUUUUCAGUAAAGAUACUGGAGAUGAAGAGCUGCCUCCAAUUAAACAUGGUGAACCAGUGACUGACAGGCGUAGUACCUUCCAGGCACAUUUAGCUCCAGUUGUGACACUCAAACAGGUGAAAAUGGUCCUGAGUAAACUUCAUGAAAAUAAGAAGAUUGGAAAUGCCACCCACAAUAUUUAUGCUUACAGAAUAUACUGUGAAGACAAGCAGACUUUCAUACAAGAUUGUGAAGAUGAUGGCGAAACGGCAGCAGGAGGAAGACUGCUUCAUCUGCUGCAGAUUUUAGAUGUGCGCAAUGUGAUGGUGGUUGUGUCCAGAUGGUAUGGAGGGAUUCUCCUUGGUCCAGACCGUUUCAAGCACAUCAACAACUGUGCCAGGAACAUACUCGUGGAUGAAAACUACACCGAGUCAGGGGGUGAGGACAUAGAGGGGGAGCAGUCCUACAAGUACUUAGGGGUACACCUGGAUGAUAAGCUGGAGUGGUCUGUUAACACUGACAUCCUGCACAAGAAAGGAUGACUCAGCCAAAGCAGGAGGAAAAAGCAAAAAACAACGGAACAAAAAGGGAAGAUGAAGAAUAGAACCGAACACACUAUUUGCUACGAGAGACAAUUUUCCGUUUUACCACUUGAAGAAAUGACCUCACAUCUUUACCUUGAAUGAGAAGUUAAAUUAUUCAGUAAUGUAAGGCAUCAGCCUUAAAUUCCAUGUUAUUUGCACUUGUAUUGUUGUAUUUUCUUGUCAACACCAGCCUUAAUCCGAGAUAGAUGCUUUUUGAAUUCGGAAGACAUCUGCUGUGGAAAAAGAGCUAAGAUCAUUUUUAUCUUAAAGAAACUGUCUCCAAGAAUAAACUGUACUUCACUUUAAGCAAUUAGUAUGUUGUGAAAUACAAAUGGAAAGAAACCUGAAAGGUGCUUUGUAUUCUUAUCAAGUUUGGUUGGCAGAAAACAUUAUCCAAGAUGACUUACUAAGGCAUGCUUAUUCUAAUUAUUUCAAAAUUUACCAAAGAAAUAAAAAAAAUAUUAGAAAAAGUAAAUUUAAUAGCUUAACAAUUAAUAACUAAAUAAUUUGUUCACAUAGUCAUACAUCAGUUAUCUCUUUCUCACUCUAUUUUGAUAAACGUAAUAUUUUAUUUAGUAAUAUUAUGACAUAUUAUAUCAAGAUAGAAAAUUGAAUAGCUGUUUCUUUCUAAGUUCUCUGAUUUCAUGUGUUUUUAUGAGUUUUCAGUUUUGAGUUUCCAUUUUUUUUGUGUCAGCAUUUUGAAGAUCCACGGAUGUAAUCUUUGACCAAACAAGCCUAGACAUAAGUAACAAGUAUCCUUGUUUCAUGGUUUCAAGCUCAACCACUUCAAAUUCUGGUACAGCUUAUGCAUAAUUCAUAUGGGCAAAAAUGAAGAGUCUGAAUGUUAAAAAUUACACUUAAUUUCUGCAUUCUGUCGUUUAACUUAAAAAUCAGAUGCACAUUUGAAAUAUAAAGUGUUAAAGGACAUGCAUUUUUCAUUAUUAUUUUAUUUCAUUUUCCUUUUAUUCUUAGAUGGUUUUGCGCACUUGUCAAUAAUUCCAGUUCUGAAGAGAAACUACUAAGAACAGCAUUACAUGUAUUAUUGUGGAAGGCUAUGAAACGCUUUUGCGUUAUUGAUCUCAUAACAUGUUGCAAUAUGGAGGCCUGGGCCAUAGUAUUGUUGUAUUGUCCUCUCUAUAUCACUUUCCUGUAUGUAAGCAAAUAGUAUUUGUUCUUAAGAAUAAAUGUAUCAUUUCUGUAGCAGAGGUUAAACGUUUAAGCAAGGAAGUUAAGUAGUACUAGAGAUACUAUAUUACUACUUAUAUAAAAAAGUAUACUUCCACUAUAUAUCUUUCUCAGAUAUUAGUGCUUUUUUAUUAUUUGCAUUUUAAGGUUUUACAAGACUUAUAGCACUUUCCUGAUGCCCCCACCACAUCAUUAUCUGAUUAUCUGUUCAUUGAGUAAAAUGUGGCCCUAAAACAGGAAUAAGAGCCUAUCAGAAUAAAAGCAUGCUUAGUUUCCUGUGUUGUUAGUUUUGAUGCAUACAGAAAAAAUAGCACCUGUAAUGGAUAUUAAAAUCCGUAAGCUGACCAGAUACAGUGGUCAGCUUCCAGUAUUGUCAGGAGGAUGCUUAUGGAACUAAGAUGACGAUAUCUCUAUGUAUCUGGGCGAAUAUCUCUGCAUAAUGUGUUCUUGUUUUCUUAAAAAAAGAAAACUUCUAUCUGUGCAUUUUAUCGAUUAAGAAAAAUUGAUUUAUGUUAUAACUUUUCUGUGUAUUAAAUCUACUGCAUGUA